AUGCUACUUCUUCUACAAAUGGACAAGACGCAGAUAGGUUGCUCAAAUGUCGAAGCAUGUAUGAUUCCAGGAGCCAUUGCGGCCUACCAGCUCAACAAUAACAAGCGACAGGAGAGGGGCCUGCAUCCACUUGAUGCCAUGACCAUGCCUUGCAUCACCAUGAUUGGGACGCGCCCUACCUUCUACUUGGUGCCCGUUACCAAAGCGUUGAGCGAUGCAGUCAUUUCCUGUCAAUAUCCGUCAGCUAGGACUGAGGUGUUGAAAUGCGAGGUCGCUGGUGACCACAAUGGAGGCAUAGAGGCACCGGAACACAGGGGCAUGGCCUUACAGUAUUAUGUUGCAUUCAAAUCCCUUGCGAAAAGCCACUGGGAGAAGUUUCUUCGUUAA